UUUUCUUCUUUUUUCUUUAACAAGUAAUAUUCCCCGGAAAGUUUCUUCUUUUGUUUUUGGCGCUGUUGUUAUUGCGUUUCGGUUGAUUCCACGUUCGCUGUAUGGAGUCAGUGGGUGCAUUUUCUUUUACAUCAAUCAGUACACAAGACAAGUCCGCACGAUUCAUGUAGUAAUAAUCAGCAUUGUAAGAGAGUGAAUGCGUUGCGGCGUCUUCAUCUUUUAAAACCUUUAACUGUGCUUUGAUCUCAUUUUCAACGAUCUUUUACUGUUUCCAAGCACUACUGGCUGUGAAAUUUGAUGUUUCAUUUUUGGGAAUCGCUUUUGUUUUGUUUUGUUUUUUUUAGAAUUUAUAGUUCAAAUUCAAACAGAUAUGAAGAAAAUCAGUAACUCAGUAUAUAAGAUUUAUUGAUAACUGAGAGAAAAGCUUGUUCAUCCAUGUCCAGAUCUGAUCAUCCUUUAAUCAUUUAGAACAAGAUGGGUUUUUUGUUUCAUUUUAUUGAACAAUACUAAUAGCUUCAAAGACCAAAGCUUGUCCUUUUGAAUUGCGUCUGAGAUGUCAGGGGUGGAAGAAAUUGGAGCAAGUGAAGAAAGCAGAGACAAAAGGUUAGAUUUUGACAACUCUGAGGAUGAGAGAAGAAGAUCCAAGAUUGGGAAUCUGAAAAAAAAGGCCAUAAAUGCAUCCAACAAGUUUACUCAUUCUCUUAAGAAAAGAGGGAAGAGGAAAAUUGAUUACAGGGUCCCUUCUGUAUCCAUUGAGGAUGUUAGGGAUGCAAAAGAGGAGAGUGCCGUUCAUGAAUUGCAUCAAAAACUUCUGCAUAAAGAUUUGUUGCCUCGUAGGCAUGAUGAUUAUCAUACUUUGUUGAGAUUCUUGAAAGCUAGAGAGUUCAACAUUGAGAAAACAAUCCAGAUGUGGGAAGAAAUGCUUAAAUGGAGGAAAGAGUUCAGAACAGACACCAUUUUGGAGGAUUUUGAGUUUGAAGAGCUGGAAGAAAUAUUGCAAUACUAUCCCCAAGCGUACCAUGGAAUUGACAAGGAAGGGAGACCUGUUUACAUUGAGAGGCUAGGGAAAGCCCAUCCAAGUAGGCUUAUGUGUAUCACCACCAUAGAUCGGUAUUUGAAGUACCAUGUCCAAGAGUUUGAGAGAGCUUUGUUGGAGAAAUUCCCUGCUUGUUCAAUUGCAGCAAAGCGACAAAUCUGUUCAACAACUACUAUAUUAGAUGUACAAGGACUGGGCAUGAAGAAUUUUAGCAGGACUGCUGCAAAUCUUUUGGCUGCCAUGACUAAAAUAGACAACAGUUAUUACCCUGAGACGUUACACAGAAUGUACGUAGUCAAUGCUGGUUCUGGAUUCAAAAAGAUGCUUUGGCCUGCUGCUCAGAAAUUUCUUGAUGCUAAGACAAUUGGGAAGAUAAAUGUUUUGGAGCCCAAAUCUCUGGGUAAGCUACUGGAUAUCAUUGAUGCUAGUCAGUUGCCAGACUUCUUAGGAGGGUCGUGCACUUGCUCUACAGAUGGAGGGUGUCUUAGAUCCAAUAAAGGUCCAUGGAAUGAUCCAGAGAUAAUGAAGGUCGUACAUAAUGCAGAAGCAACAUUUGUGAGGCAAAUCACCAGAGUAUCUAAUGACUGGCAUAAAUAUGACUCUUCUGUUCUGAUACAGCCAUUAAAGGGAAGGACUCGUGACACAUCAACAGUGGAGUCUGGGUUAGAUAUUGAUAACCAAUGUUCUCCAAUUGGACGAAGAAGCUCUGCAUUUCAUUGUUUGGCACCAGUUCAUGAAGAAGUGAGGGUAUCAGAUCAAAAUGCUUUCUAUAGUUGUGAUGAUAGUUUCCCUGUGGUUAAGAAAACUAUAGAAAAUGACCAAGGACUGCUAUAUUCCCUAGAUCAGUUGCCUACUUCUAGUAAUGUGGAUAGCCAAUCUCAUGUACAAGCAUCUUCUGUUUGUUCGGAAGGAACUUCAAUCGCCCAUUGGCUUGACACUUUCAAGGAAAAUGUUGGGAGAAGGAAUAAUCAUUCUGCAGCAAAAAUGCUGAUAGCUUUAUUGGUCAGAUUGGCUGCCUUUAUUCGUAUUGUUCCGUUUGAAUUUUGGGGAAAACCAAACAAUAUUCAUCCUUCGAAUAUGACGGAAUCCAACAUGAAAUGCCAUUCAAAUUCAACAGCACUAGAAGCUGUAAACGAAGAAGACCAUGUCCUUCCAUGUAUAGAGCGUCUUCAGAAACUAGAGAAAGCAUUCGAGGAACUUAGCAACAAGCCUGCUGGAAUUCCUGUAGAAAAGGAGAAAAUGCUUAUGGAAUCUCUGGACCGGAUCAAAUCUGUCGAGCUUGACCUUGAGAAAACAAAGCGAGUUCUACAUUCUGCAGUAAUGAAGCAACUUGAGAUUUCAGAGUUGCUGGAAAAUAUUAUUGAGUCCAAAAGUCGUCAACGGAAAUUCUUCUGUUGAAUGUUUGGAGAUUGACCUUGUAGAAAGAGUGGAGCUACAGGAGCCAGGUCAAUGGCGACAAAAUAUGUCAUUUCGGGCCAUCUUUGUCCAUGGCACGUAGAGGAAGCAUGGGGUAUGGACACUUUCUUUUUCGCUUUCUUCAUCUCCUUUUAACUCUCUCCCACAUGACUGAAGUUACAGUUGAGCUGUACGGAUUUCCCCAAAGCACAGCUUUGAAACAGUGUAGAGAGAAAAAAAAAAAUUAGUGAAAUAACUUUUUAUAAUGCGGCAUGACAUGUUUUGUUUCCUUUUCAUUUUGUUGGAAUGAAUAUAGCCAUGUCCUACUUAAUGUAAACACUGAGCAUUGUGAAUGGAAUUUUGAAACCUAACUUGGAGAUAUACAUCGCCACCAUCACUCCAAAUACAAGCCCACCAAAUACAUACAGUUUUCUUUCCUCUACAUCCAAGAUCUCAAAACAUCAUCCAGAAUAUAAUCUAUAACUCGCAAAAUCCUUUUGGUUCUCGAGGGAAUUGCUUUGCUCACGUCCUAUAAUAUAAAUAUGAUUCUUCUACCUUAUUCGUCAAGUUCUUUACUGUCAAAUCCGAUUGCCAGCUAAUCGACCAGUAUAGUCUGAGAUAGAUAGUUUUGACACCUGGCCAACAGCGCACUAACGACUCACCUACCCAAAUUGUGUUCGCAUUAUAAAAAAUAAGAUUGAAGCACAGAUGACCCUUCUUCUCACUCUCAAUCGCUUCUCCUUACUUUUCUCUUACUUUCUGCACUUGGUUGACUUUAGCAACGGAACUCGUCUCAAUCCUAUCUCUACUGUCUCUUAGCCGUUCAUUGUCUUCCGGCUUGAAAUUCCGACGAAAUGAAGAAGAUUCCUGAGGAUAUCCGAGCCUUCCCUGAUUAAUGUUACCGUGUAAUAUAUCUAUAGGGAGGUCUGGCCAUUGCCUUAUUUUAUUUGGUGGGUUGGCACUUGGAAGAGCCUAUCUCUAGACCAUUGUUUUUCUUUCUAUUGGGUGUUGCUUUG